AAAGGCUCUAGAGUAGACAACGGUUUACUUGGUCGUAGAAAAGAUUCAAUCAAACUGAAAUCCUUCCGACUAUUAGCGAGUUUGAUAAAGAUUACUGAUAAUUUAUUUUCGUUGAUAAAGUUUGCGCCAUUUUCGAGUAGAUGAGAAACCCAUUUGCUCGGCGUCAAAAAAAGAAGAAGAAGCUAGAGAUUAAAUUUUCACUCCGAUUCUCACAAAAAAAGAAAAGUAGGAAACAUAGAAGAAGAAAAAAUGCAUCGAAUUUUUCUUUUCGCGAUCUGUUUUGCUGCGGUCGCGGCAAACAGUUUUUUUCAGACGACGUGGGAAUUAUGGAAAUCUGAACAUGGAAAAUCGUACUCGUACGAAGAAGAAAACAAAAGACAAUAUAUCUGGGAAAAGAAUUUGAAGAAGGUUGUAGAACAUAACAUGGAAGCAGAUAAUGGAAUCCAUACCUUCAGACUUGGAAUGAAUCAAUUCGCCGAUAUGGACGAAGACGAAUGGCGGAGCCUUGUUCUCAGUCACGUGACUAGACCAGCCAAUCAGAUGAGUUACUGCAACAUGACGUAUGAAAUGAGCGAUCCAAGAGCUGAUGAUACCGUUGAUUGGAGAACCAAAGGCUACGUCACACCCGUCAAGAACCAAUUGAAAUGCGGCUCUUGCUGGGCGUUCAGUACUACUGGGUCAGUCGAAGGCCAGCACUUCAAGAAGACUGGAAAGCUUGUCUCUCUCAGCGAACAGAACUUGAUGGACUGCAGCACCCCAGAAGGUGACCACAGCUGCCAUGGUGGACUUAUGGACUUCGGCUUCAAAUACAUCGUCAUGAACGGUGGCAUUGAUACCGAAGAGUCCUACCCUUAUAUGGCCAAGGACGAAGCGAUGUGCAAAUUCAACAAAAUGAACAUCGGUGCCACCAUUACUGGAUGUGUCGACAUUGCUCACGGUGACGAGAUGUCUUUGAAGAGCGCAGUAAUGCGAGUCGGACCAAUUUCUGUCGCCAUUGAUGCUGGACACUCUUCGUUCCAGUUAUAUAAAUCUGGCGUUUACACCAGCAUGGAAUGCAGCUCAACCAAGCUUGAUCACGGUGUAUUGGCAGUUGGUUACGGUACUGAGAUGGGAAAAGACUACUGGCUGGUUAAGAACAGCUGGGGUGAAAUGUGGGGAAUGGAUGGCUACAUCAUGAUGGCGCGUAACUCCAACAACAUGUGCGGAAUUGCUACCCAAGCCAGCUAUCCGACUGUCUAGAAUGGACAAAAGAUGGCGGCGGGUUGACUCAAAUUGGACAUUUAAGGGCUUUUCUUAAUUCUUCACGGAACUGGUUGAAAAUUUUUAUCUAUUCCCCAUGGAUGGGCCGUAGAAAUAUCAAUUAUUUAUGUGCGGUUUAUCCUUGGCUGUUUUAAAUUUUUUACUAGCUAAAUUUGCUGCUCAUAUUUGAUAAUUAUAAUUGUUUUGAACUAUUUUUUUUUGAAAUUUUUGAUGGCAUUCCUACCUAUUACAGUGUUACUGAAAUGA